GCGUGCGUGCGCGCGCGCGCGGCGGCGCCCUGAGAGCGGCGCUGGGAGCCUGAGGUGGUUCGGGCUGAGGCGGCUCCUCGGGCGGCGGCGCUCCCCGCUUCCCGCUCCCCGCUCCCCGCUGCUCCUCCAGGCCUGUCAGCGCAGGCCGCUCCCCGGGGCCCGAAGAUGCCGGCCGUGUCCAAGGGGGACGGGAUGCGGGGCCUGGCGGUCUUCAUCUCCGACAUCCGCAACUGCAAAAGUAAAGAAGCAGAAAUAAAGAGAAUAAACAAAGAGCUGGCAAACAUUCGAUCAAAAUUCAAAGGUGACAAGGCACUCGAUGGCUACAGUAAAAAGAAGUACGUCUGCAAGUUGCUGUUCAUCUUUCUCCUGGGCCACGACAUUGACUUUGGGCACAUGGAAGCCGUGAACCUGCUGAGCUCCAACAGAUACACGGAGAAGCAGAUCGGAUAUCUUUUCAUCUCUGUGCUGGUGAACUCCAACAGCGAGCUGAUCCGCUUGAUCAACAAUGCCAUCAAGAACGACCUGGCCAGCCGGAACCCCACCUUCAUGGGCCUGGCCCUGCACUGUGUUGCCAACGUGGGGAGCCGCGAGAUGGCCGAGGCCUUCGCCGGGGAGAUCCCGAAAAUCCUUGUGGCUGGAGACACCAUGGACAGUGCGAAGCAGAGUGCCGCCCUGUGUCUGCUGCGCCUGUACCGGACGUCUCCCCACCUCGUUCCCACGGGCGACUGGGCGUCCCGAGUGGUGCACCUCCUCAAUGACCAGCACUUGGGGGUGGUGACUGCUGCCACGAGUCUCAUCACCACCUUAGCCCAGAAGAACCCAGAGGAGUUUAAAACCUCCGUUUCUCUGGCCGUCUCCAGAUUGAGCAGAAUUGUGACGUCGGCGUCCACAGACCUGCAGGACUACACUUACUAUUUUGUCCCGGCUCCCUGGCUAUCAGUCAAGCUUCUGAGGCUGCUGCAGUGCUACCCGCCCCCAGAAGACCCUGCUGUGCGAGGCCGCCUGACCGAGUGCCUGGAGACCAUCCUCAACAAGGCCCAGGAGCCGCCCAAGUCCAAGAAGGUGCAGCAUUCCAAUGCCAAGAACGCCGUGCUCUUUGAGGCCAUCAGCCUCAUCAUCCACCACGACAGCGAGCCAAACCUGCUUGUUCGCGCCUGCAACCAGCUGGGCCAGUUCCUGCAGCACCGGGAGACCAACCUGCGCUACCUGGCCCUGGAGAGCAUGUGCACGCUGGCCAGCUCCGAGUUCUCCCACGAGGCUGUGAAGACGCACAUCGAGACAGUCAUCAACGCCCUGAAGACGGAACGGGAUGUGAGUGUGCGGCAGCGGGCUGUGGACCUCCUCUACGCCAUGUGCGACCGUAGCAACGCCCAGCAGAUUGUGGCCGAGAUGCUGAGUUACUUGGAGACGGCUGACUACUCCAUUCGAGAGGAGAUUGUGCUGAAGGUCGCCAUCUUGGCAGAGAAGUAUGCCGUGGACUACACGUGGUACGUGGACACCAUUCUGAACCUGAUCCGGAUUGCUGGUGACUACGUGAGUGAGGAGGUGUGGUACCGUGUCAUUCAGAUUGUCAUCAACCGCGACGAUGUGCAGGGCUACGCCGCCAAGACGGUUUUUGAGGCUCUGCAGGCCCCAGCAUGCCACGAGAACUUGGUCAAAGUGGGCGGCUACAUCCUGGGCGAGUUUGGGAACCUGAUUGCUGGGGACCCACGGUCCAGCCCGCUGGUCCAGUUCAAUCUGCUGCACUCCAAGUUCCACCUGUGCAGCGUCCCCACCAGGGCCCUGCUGCUGUCCACCUACAUCAAGUUCGUGAACCUCUUUCCGGAAGUGAAGCCCACCAUCCAGGAUGUGCUGCGCAGCGACAGCCAGCUGAAGAACGCUGACGUGGAGCUGCAGCAGCGGGCUGUCGAGUACCUGCGGCUGAGCACGGUCGCCAGCACCGACAUCCUGGCCACUGUCCUGGAGGAGAUGCCCCCGUUCCCAGAGCGCGAGUCGUCCAUCCUGGCCAAGCUCAAGAAGAAGAAGGGCCCGGGCACAGUGACAGGCUUGGAGGAAGGCAAGCGCGAGCGGGGCGCCGACGUCAACGGGGGCCCUGAGCCGGCCCCAGCCAGCACCGCGUCCACGCCUUCUCCAUCGGCAGACCUCCUGGGACUAGGGGCCGCACCUCCAGUGCCUGCGGGCCCCCCGCCCUCCUCUGGCGGGCUGCUCGUGGAUGUGUUCUCAGAGUCGCCCUCCGCAGUUGCACCUCUCGCUCCCGGCUCCGAGGACAACUUUGCCAGGUUUGUCUGUAAAAACAACGGUGUGUUGUUUGAAAAUCAGCUGCUUCAAAUUGGACUUAAGUCUGAAUUUCGGCAAAAUUUAGGUCGCAUGUUUAUAUUUUAUGGGAAUAAAACCUCCACACAGUUCUUAAACUUCACUCCAACGCUAAUCUGCUCGGACGACCUUCAGGCCAACCUGAGCCUGCAGACCAAGCCUGUGGACCCGACGGUGGACGGGGGUGCACAGGUACAGCAGGUCGUCAACAUCGAGUGUGUGUCUGACUUUACCGAGGCUCCGGUCCUCAACAUCCAGUUCAGGUACGGGGGAACCUUUCAGAAUGUGUCCGUCAAGCUGCCCAUCACACUCAACAAGUUUUUCCAGCCCACAGAAAUGGCUUCUCAGGAUUUCUUUCAGCGCUGGAAGCAGCUGAGCAAUCCCCAGCAAGAAGUGCAGAACAUUUUCAAGGCGAAGCAUCCAAUGGACACAGAGAUCACCAAAGCCAAGAUUAUUGGGUUUGGUUCUGCACUCCUUGAAGAGGUCGACCCCAAUCCUGCCAAUUUUGUGGGAGCUGGUAUCAUCCACACCAGAACCACCCAGAUCGGUUGCUUGCUGCGUUUGGAGCCAAAUCUACAGGCCCAGAUGUACCGGCUCACGCUGCGGACGAGCAAGGAGACCGUCUCCCAGAGACUGUGCGCUUUGCUGUCGGAGCAGUUCUAGUUCCUGAGGACGGAGGUCAGGCGCGUGUGCCGCGUCUCCUUACCUCUGCCGUUGUCCGCAUUCCGUGCCGCACACAGGCACCCCCCGUGCGUGCUACAGGGCAAGGCUGCCGCCCGCCUCCUCCACCGCGUCCCUCUGGUGUGGGUGGGAGCGCGGGUGCGCAGUGUAAGAGGAAAGGCUAAGCCGGGAUCGCGGCCGGCUUGCCAGGUCGGGAGGGGGCGUGGAUCCUGGGAUCAGAUUUUAUAGAAAUCAAGACAGUUCUGUGGUUAAAUCUACAAAUUAAAGGGAAAUUAGAAGUUUGAAUGAAAA